UUCACGUCCUAUCCGAGGGGAAGAAAUGGGAGUGGAAGAUGGACGAAUCCCAGACUCUAGUCUCACCUCCUCGUCGAGGUAUAAUAAUGCUUACACUGCAUCAAAUGGAAGAUUGAACGGCGGAGUAUCAGGAGAGGCAUGGAUUGCCAGUGAUGAUGACAAAGAUAAAUGGGUCAAGAUAGAUCUUGGAAAGACCUCUACCGUCACUGGUGUUAUCGUACAAGGCAGAUACGGGUCGGUACAAUGGAUAACUUCUGUCAAGGUGUCCUAUUCGCUGGAUAACGUGAUGUGGACUUACGCUUUGGAACCACAAUGUGGUGAACAAAAAAUCUACGCAGCAAACUACGAUCACGGCACUCCCGAGACCAUACUGUUCCCUCGACCAAUCACUGCUCGAUACGUCAGAAUACACCCAGUCACGUGGCAGGGGCACCAGGCCAUGAGAUAUGAAGUUCUUGGCAUAGCUGAAUAAACGGAAGUUCCACAGCAUGAA